AUGAGCGCGAACAAAUAUGCAAAUCUCCCUGACAUUGACACUGCACCAGAUGUCUAUGAAACGGAGGACGUGUUUCCCUCAUCUGAAACCAAUAGAGGAGAUUCGGAUUCUGACGAACCCUCAGGUCCACGGAUACGCGCCCAGCGGGGUGCGGAUACCUCGAAAGAAGAACUCGAUGACAGCAACUUGAUCAGCGCGGAAGAUGCGAGCAAACACUUUCGGAGAGCCGAACGACGUCUAUCUGACUAUACCUCAGGCCAGGAAUCACGCUUUGCAUAUCCCCCGUCGCCGACAUCCUCACCAUCACGUUCGCCAUCGCCGAGUAGGCGACCUCUUCCUGCGCGCCUGCGAGCACUGCAAGCUGAGCUUGCUGCUCUGGAGGGUGAGGUUGCCGAUCCGUCCAAUCCUGCACUUAAAGCCGAGGGUGUCGAUGCUGGUGAGAUGAUAAGGGGAUUAGUAGACGUGCGCAGACGGCUAGAGAAAGUCCGAAUGGGGCGUGAGGGGAGAGGGAGGUUAGUCGGUGUUGUCCUUGGCGAUGGUGGCAAGGAAGACAGUAAAGAAGACGUGGAACAGCCCAGUGCGGAUGGCGAGGCAAAGGAGUCGAAAGUGCAGGGAGUACCGGAAGUUCGGGGCAUUGCUGAAAUGGACAAACGAGUCGGGGAGUUAGAGAGACUAGUGGGCUCCGUGGGCGCGACUUUGGACGAGUCUACCCCGAUUACUCCACCGCUUCUUCCUAUGCUCACGCGUUUGAACUCGCAACUGAUGCUUUUGACUCAACCACGGCAUAUUGACUCCAUCUCCCGUCGACUGAAACUUCUGUUGUCUGACCUUGAACGAGUAUCUACCGCACAGUCACAAAAGCGCCAAUCGCAGCAGCCUGGGGGUACAUCCAUUAUUUCUGGCACCGCAACUCAGGAUGCGCUCCUCCCACUGUUAACACGUCUAGCUCCUUCGCUUCCUCACAUCCCGCAUAUUUUGACUCGUUUGCGUACCCUCUCUGCGUUGCAUGCAUCUGCGGGUGAGUUUCAGGGAACGAUAGCAGCGCUCGAAGAAGAGCAGCGUAAGACAAGGGAUGCCCUUGAAGCUCUCAAAAAUGCCGUCGGAGACGUGGAAACCAGUUUAGAAGCCAACAAGGGGACCGUUGCAGGGAAUGUGCAAGGCUUGGAGGACAGAGUAGACAAAGUUUUGACUCGGCUCGAGGAGCUCUCAACGUAA